UAAUUCAAUAAAUAAAUAAGAAAACCAGAGAUCUCUAACUCUAACCCUAUCGAAGAAGCUCCUCCAAAUCCAAUGCCCGGAGACGAGGAAUCCUCCACCUCCGAUCGCCGCUCGCCGGUCCGAAUCCGGCCACCACCCGACCCUCUUCUCAUCAUCUGCAGAUGCUUCAGCUUCCUCACCGCCGUCAUAGCCCUUCUCUGCGUCUUCGUCAAUGUCCUCUCCGCCGUUCGCUCCUUCCGCGAUGGCUCCGAUAUCUUUGGUGGGAUUUUUCGAUGCUAUGCUGUGGCGAUCGCGUUGUUCGUUGCUGUUUUGGAGACGGAAUGGAGUUUCAUUUUCAAGUUCUGGAGGGUCCUGGAAUACUGGGCUGGCAGGGGCAUGCUGCAGAUCUUUGUUGCUGUGAUGACAAGAGCGUUUCCUGAUGUGACCGACGAAAGGAAGGAUCUGGUGCUGCUGCAAGAGAUUGCCAGCUACAUGCUCAUGGCUUGUGGUUUGACCUAUGUGAUAUCAGGCAUAUUAUGCAUUGGUUUCCUGAAGCGUGCACGCCAACAUAAGGCGAUUUCAAGGGAGCAAGCAGCUAAAGACUUGGAGGAAUUGGAGCGACGCAGGGAAGAGCUUGAAGCAUUGUUGAUAAAUGAAAGGUCUUGAGAUAUUUUAACAUUUGUGCCCAGAUUUGACAGUGAGUGUAAACCAUGAUGUUCACCCCUCAUCUGGUCUGACAUGGCAAAAGAAAGUUCGCUGUUGAUUUGUUGUGAUUCUUACUCUAAACCUUUCAGUUCUUUGUACAGGCUUCUUUUCUUAAUGUUUGUUCCUAUGCCUACAAUUCUCUGUGGACGUUUUUUAAUACCAUACAGUUUACUUUGUUGUUA